CUCUUGGCGGCGGUGGGUCGGAGCCGCUGUGUCCCCGGUCUGGCACGUUCCUCGCCAAAUUCUCCACGGUGUAAAAUUGGAUCCCCCUUUUUUUUUUUUUUUACAAAACCAAAAAUAACCCCCCUUCAACACCCUCAACCCGCUCAUACGUUUCCGUAACACACACCUCCAAAAACCUCCAAAUACUUGUGAAGAUGGCGGUGGUGAGCGGGGUGUCGGGGUCGGCUGUAGCCCGGCUAGAGGGCCGAGAAUUCGAAUACCUGAUGAAGAAAAGGUCGGUGACCGUCGGCCGGAACUCCUCGCAGGGCUCGGUGGACGUCAGCAUGGGGCACUCGAGCUUCAUCUCCCGGCGGCACCUCGAGAUAUUCACCGCCGGGGAGGACGGCUCCGGCACCGGGGAGUUCUACCUCCGAUGUCUCGGCAAAAACGGGGUGUUUGUUGACGGGGUGUUCCAGAGGAGAGGGGCUCCUCCUCUGCAGCUGCCACGAAUGUGUUGUUUCCGGUUCCCCAGCACAAGUAUAAAGAUCACGUUCACUGCCCUGUCCAGCGACAAGAAGGAGCCAAGGAACGUGCCGGAAUCACCGGUGAAGCCCGUCCAGCCCCAGAUCUCCCCGCUGACCAUCAACAUUCCUGACAACAUCGCCCAUCUCAUGAGCCCGCUGCCUUCACCCACCGGCACCAUCAGUGCGGCAAACUCCUGUCCGUCAAGUCCGCGGGGGGCGGGACUCUCCAGCUACAGGACGGGCCGUGUUCUGGCCUCUGACCUCAUCGGAGACAACUCCCAAUCAGAAAACGACAAAGAGGCCUCAGGUGAAGACAGUCCAAAGGACGACUCCAAACCUCCGUAUUCAUACGCACAACUAAUAGUCCAAGCGAUCACCAUGGCCCCGGAUAAACAGCUCACGCUGAACGGAAUAUACACCCACAUCACCAAGAACUACCCUUACUACAGAACAGCUGAUAAAGGCUGGCAGAACUCGAUCCGCCACAACCUGUCUCUGAACCGCUACUUCAUCAAAGUGGCCCGCUCUCAGGAGGAGCCGGGCAAAGGCUCCUUCUGGAGGAUCGACCCCGCCUCCGAAGGCAAGCUGAUAGACCAGGCCUUCAGGAAGCGCAGGCCCAGGGGGGUGCCCUGCUUCAGGACCCCCAUGGGGCCGCUCUCCUCCAGGAGCGCUCCUGCCUCUCCCAGCCACACAGGGGCGCUGUCUGCCCACUCCAGUGGGGUCCAGACCCCAGACAGCCUGUCCAGAGAGGGCUCCCCUGUCCCCAUGGAGCCAGAGCCCACCCCCCCGCCUGCCCCCACCCAGACCACUACAGUCCAGCCCAAACUCGCUGUCAUCCAGGAGGCCCGCUUCGCACAGAACUCUCCUGGCUCGCCCCUCAACAACCAGCCCGUGUUGAUCGCCGUGCAGCGCCAGAUUCCUCAAACGACCAUGAAGCCUGUGACCUACGCGAUGGCGUCCCCGGCCAUCGUAACGACGUCCGUUAACUCCGCCCCGGGCAUGCAGACGGUGCACGUCGUCCACCAGAUCCCGGCCGUCACCAUGGCAACCGUCGCCGGACAGCCCGCUGCCGCAGUGAGCCGAGAACCUCAGGAGAACGGAGGAGGAGAGCACCAAGAGAUCAAACUAAAAGUGGAGUCGGUUCCAUCCAUCACGUCCUCAUCGAUAAGUGGAGUCAGCCGCAUCAUCCAGAGCUCCCAGGCCGCUCCGCUCACCACCGUCACCAUCGUGCAACAAGCUCCGCUCGGCCAGCACCAGCUACCGAUAAAGGCCAUCACACAGAACGGGACCCACCUGGUCCCCAUCACUACUGCUGCUAACACAGCUGUGGCGAACCCUCUCCACCUCCUGGCGGCCCACGCCUCCGCCUCGGCGUCUCUGCCCACCAAGAGGCAGAACGGAGAACUGCAGGAGCAACCGCAGUCCAAGAGGGUGAAGACGCAGGAGGAGGAAGAGGAGGGUGAAGCAGCCGCAAACACCGCCAACAAUAACGGCACCACGGACAGAGCCGGAGAAGGAGCGCUCAGUGAGCAGAACGGAGACAAGUAGCCCCUCCCCCCCGCGGUCUGCCUCCUGGCCCCCCCCUCUCCUGUACGCAUCGAGCCUUCACCCCUCCAUCCUCAUCCUCCAUCUUCCACCAUCGACUCCAAGGUGCCAAAUAACAGAAAAGACUCGGAAAAACAACCUGCAAGACUACAGAAUGUUCAAGACCUCCUCCUUUUCCUCCUCCUCCUCUUAACCCCCCCCCCCCCACACCCUUUUUUGUCCUCUUCCAUAUAUUUAAGAUGCAAAAACUUAAAAGACCAAAAUUGAAAAAUGGAAACAAAGAGUUGCUGACGACUGUGAAAACCCCGACGCUCGAGACCCAGAUGGCAAGAAGAAGAAGAAGAAGAAGAAAGAAGCACAGGAAGUAAAAAUGCAGAUUUUUUCCAGAUCAAAAAACGAAAAAAAAAAAGACUUAUUGGACACGUGAGGCGUCCCGACCAGGAGCCUCUAGGUAGCAUUAAAGACACGCUCGUUACUGUGUGUGGGACGGACAAAAAGCAACCAGGUGAUGACAUCACCAGUGACAUCACCAGUGGUGUUUUCCACUAAGGGAAGCGUGUACGUACGUGUGGACAUUCCCAUCUCCGGCAGCUAGCCUUCAUGUCGACCUACCUAACCCAGUCGUGAGUAGAUAUGCAGUAUUCCGUUGUACAAGUGUAUCUUUGGAUCUUUUUUGAGUGUUCUCCGUUUCCCAAGGCACAGAUACUAUCUAGUAAUAAUUAAGAUAACUUAAAAAGCUAUAAGUGGGGUCUUUAAGAACAUUUAAACGUCACAUGGUAUUUUGGGAAAUCCUUUUUUUGUUUUUUUUUUGUUUAAUGUUUUUGUAUGUGGACUCUUUGUUCAGUGAAAUGAAUGUAGUCUCCCCCUUUUUUCCUUUUAAAGAAACACUAUCUAUGGAGUGGAUGUUCUUUUUUCUGCUCAUUCAUGCAAAAUGACAUUUCUUUAUCACUGUACAUGAGAUUUUUUUCAUAUUUUACAAAUAUCCUACGAGAUAAAAAAGUAUAUUCCCAUGCGUAUUUGACCAUAUGCUUCAUCGAGCUUGCAUGUUACAGAUCUAGAGACAAUGUACUUGAGCAGAUUAUCUGAAUAUGGAACUGAAGAAAAAUUUAGGCUGAAUCUACGCUAUAUGAUUCUGACCAGUGCUGCACUUAACCCUUAGUUGUUGUUGGGUUUUUUUUUCUACCUUUUGUAUUUUCAUUUGCUGUUUUUUUUUCUUCCUGUCAUCAUGGGCUGUGUUUGUAACCUUUUGUGUUGAAGUUGGCUACUCUUUGCUCGAUUAUUUUAGUCUGUUCAGGCUCUAAAACGGUCUAAUCAGAUUGUAUUCUAUGUUACACGAGGAAAAACAAAGUGAUAGGUGUUCGUUCUGCUUCAGUGGGUAAAUGCUUUUUUUUUUUUUUUUUUUAUAAAUUUAUUUAAAACACAUAACCUCUUAGUUUGUAUUUCUUUGAGUAAAAGCCUUCUCUGCUGGCCAAAUGCAAACUCA